AUGAACGAUAUAAGCUUAAAAAUAGUGGAAUCUCCAAAGGGCCACGGUGGAGUGGAAGUGUCUCCAAAUGCGGAGGCUGUGGUUGACAAUGAGGUAGAUCCAUUGGCCAUUGAUGAGGCGGAGUUGGACAAGUUGAAAGAAGUAUCGGUACCGGUACCGCAGGAAGCGGCAGACGAGAAAUCAAACGAAAAGGCGGGAAACUGUGAUGAAAAUGCCAAAGAAAAAAGUUUAAGUGAGAAUUGUAAUGAGACUAGUGAGAAUUUUGUGAAUGUGCUUGCUGGAAAUGAGAAAGAGACAAUAAAAGAAGAGAACACAGAAGUUUUAGCCGAUUACGAUAUACCAACCAACCUAUCUAAGAAUGACCCUACAGCUUCGAGUAAACCAGUUUUGACCUCUGAAGUAAUAGAAAAAGAAGAAAAAUCUCCAAUAGAAGAUGUUGUACCAGAACCUUUAGUUGUUAAGAAGGAAACUAGUGCUCCUGCAGAAGAGUGUAUGGUUGUGGAUGACAAAAAAUUAGAAAAAGAAGGCGAUGCUGAAAUGACUGAAGUUGUACCUGUUGAGGAGAAGAAGAUAGAACCAAAAGUUGAGAAAGCUAAGCCACAGUCGAUGAACGGUGAUAUUAUUAAGGAGGAGCAAGCAACAAAACGACGUGCUAGUGAAGAAGUAGACACAGAAUCCCCCCUCAAGAAGCUGUGUAUUGAAGUCGAGAAGACCUUUCCACAACACGAUACAAUGAUCACAGACUACAUCCAAACAGCGACAAAGAAUAAUGUAGAUGAAAUACAAAGGCAUACAGAACAAUUACUUUCAGAAAUACAGACGUUAAGAGAACUUGCGCAGAAGAAGGAACACGAAUGGAAUAACAUUCUACACUUGAAGAAGGUCAAAGAAGAAAUUUUACUUCGACUCUUGAGAAGAAAACAAGUGUUAUCCUUCGAAAAGUCUGCUGAAGUCAACGGUUCAGAUAGAACAGAUCCGUUUGAUUAUUUAAAUCAGGCAAAGAAUUUAGCUAUAGAUAAAAGUGAUGAAAUUUCUGGUCUAGCUUUGAAGCAGCCAGGAUCUUCUAUCAAUCCGAUGAUGCAAACACCAGUCAUGCCGGUCACAACUCACUUUAAUCCUAUGGCUGGGCUCCCCCCACCGUACGACAAGGCUGCUCAUAUGCAGUCAAUGCCGAAACCAGUAUUCCCCCAACCUAUGAUGAUGCCUGGCCCUUUACCAGGGUUCCCUAGAGACAUGAAUGGGCAGCUACCUACGAGUUUCGGAUUUCCUAUGGGCCGGCAAGGGCCUACGAAAGAUGUAAAGUCGAUAAUAGCUGAUUAUAGACAAAGAAAUCCAGAUAUAACUCCUAGAAGAGGUCGAAGAAUGAAGUCUAUAUUGAAUCCUAAUAUGACGAACGUACCGAGAGCUAUUGCGCCUAAAGUUGAGAAUAUGAAUAAUUUAAAUACCCUCAAUAUGCUGUUUAAUAAUUUAGAUAUGAAUCAAAAAGCAACCCUGGAGCGUCUGCAACAAAUCCAAGCAGGUGGUCUACCUAAUGGGCUAUCCUUCAAAGACGUACUUGUCCAAUUCGCAAACAUGCAGCAGACCAACGCUGGUCUGAUACCUAACAGACCGCCAGAGACUAUUACUAAUAGACCUGAACACCAUAUAAGACCCGAAGGGAGAAGACGGCAGCAGGAAAGGAACCCACACGAAGACGUACACGUGACUGUCAAGCAGGCGGAAAGACUCGCGUCUCCAAGCCCGCGGCUGCCUCCACCACCUCCGUACCCAGAAAUAUCCUUACUACCCGUCACCACCAGUCAAGAAACGUCACAACAAAACUCCUUAUUGCACGGUAUCUUAACCAAGCAGGGGACACCUGCGACUCAAACUUACUCGCCGACGUUGGCUAAACUCCUCAUGUCGCCGGAACGGAAACAGAGUGCAUCAACAUUGCCAACUUUCGGUCAGGCCAAGAACUGCGGCGAGAUAACGAUAACUCCGGUGCAGCCCACGCCACCUCCGCAAGAGCCUCCAGUGGAAAAGAGUGAAGAAGUUGUGCAGUUGGAUGACGAAGAGAGCCCAGCGUCCGAAGGCGAAGCCUCCGGUUCUCCGUCGGGCUCCGGCUCGGGUCGGCUAGUGAUCGACGAGGGCGGGGGCUCGGGCGCGCCCGACGGGCCGGAGCCCGAGGCGGAGGCGGCGGACGACGCGCCGCUGUGCCAGGGCUGCAGGAAGAGGGACGCGCAGUUUGUGUGUGCUGGCUGCGCCAACCAGUGGUACUGCAGUCGGGAUUGUCAGGUGGCAGCAUGGGACGAGCAUUCAGAAAUGUGUUCGGGCUAA